AUAUAUAUAUAUAUACGUAUAUAUAUAAUAAAAAAAAAACAAAUUACAUAAAAUUAAUGUUAAAACUAAUUUUAUUUAUACCUUUUUUCAUUUGUAAAUUUUUCAGAAACUUUAUGAGAUAAAACAUUUAAAAUUCAAGUAUAAAUAAUUAAAUUUGAAUUUAUCAAGUCUUUUGUCCCUGAGGAGGGAUAAAAAAAUUUUCUAAUUAUUUAAUUAUUCUUUUUUUUUUUUACAAUUUUUCGUCUCUGUGGGGCAUUUAUUAGCAACGACGGCUUGCAUUAAUAAAGUUGGCAGUGCGCACUCCAUAAAACGAACUCUUUCCAUUAAAGCAGCUUGGCGCCUUUCCAGAGAAGCGUUUCUUUUUUCAUAAUGACUAAGAAUCGUUUUCCAACAACUCUCUUUUUUACUUUUAUCAUCUAUUAAUGAAGACGAUGAUUUAUUAUCUGACAUUUUAUGUAUAUGUAAUUUUUCACUCAAAAUUUACUUCAAUUAUUUUAUUACCGAGAAAUUUUGACACAAAAGUGUCGCAAAACUUUUUUAAUUACUCUGAAUUUAUCUGUAAUUUUUUUUUGUUACGAAACGUCAUUAAUGGAACAUAAUUUAUUUUAACCAAAAAAAAAAAAUAUGACAUCAAAAUAAACACAAUGGAGAAUAAUAAAAAAAAAAAUAAGAAUUUAAUUUUUCAAUUUUGUUAAUUAAUAGAUUAAUUACUUGCUUGGAAUUUUGUUAUAAAUUUUUAUUUCCAUUUGCAGAAGAAAUAACUUUCGUGGAAUAAAAGUAGAUUUACUAAGAGAAUAUUAAUUAUUAUAUAAUACUUGACGCGCAUAUUUACAAUGAAAAUUAUGACUGAAAUUUUACUAUUUAAUUUUUCAAAAUGAGUGAAAAAUAUCCAUAUUCCGCAAAAUUCACAUGAUUUUUUAUAUUUGAAUAAAAAAUUUCAUUAAUCCAAUGAAAACUGAAAGAGUAUCAAAUAUUCUGAACAAUUUAAUUGAAUAUUUUGAAGAAAUUUUACGAAAAGCAAAAGCAAACGAUUUGUGUCAUCUUAUCGAGCCAAUAGAGGAAACAAUUUUAAAAGUGAAGGAAUUGAAAAAAACAAUAAAAGUGAAAUGUGACUCAACUGUUGAUUUUCAAAUGGCUUGCUCCUGCAAUGAUUGGGGUCCCGAUUUUAUUGCCUCAAAUGGACAAUGGAUGUGCGAUAAGUGCAAAGAAAAUUGUUCAUGUUCACAAAUAUGGGACAGUCAAAUAAAUUUAGUUGAGAAAAAAAUUCCAAUAGAAUCCAAUGAUCAAAAAGAAGAUAAACAUUGUCAAAAUAAUGAAAAUUCAUGUGAAACUAAUGAAGAAAUUUGCAUUAAUCAAAAAUUGGAAUAUAAAAAUAAUACAAAACCUUCGGUUUCAAUUUUGUACAAUCGAUUGAAUAGAAAAAAAGAUUAUUUAGAAAAUUUAAUAAUUCCUGAUGCAAAUUUACCUAAUAAAUCAUUUAUUAAUUGCAAUGACAAAAAUGAUUUGACAAAUUUAAAAUGUCAAAAUUGUAAAUGUUCAAUUGACAAAAAUGGAAAAGAAAUUAAAACCGAUGAAUGUAAAUUAGCUUCUAAACGAGAGACAAGUAGAAAAAGGAAUUUAAAAAAAUUUGUUAAAGAAAAAAAAUAUAUUGAAUCAUCAUUUCGCAUGGAUUUAGAGCCUCGAGAUUCAAAAGACGAGAGUUGCAGAGAAGAAAUAAAAGAAUUAUCACCUCAAUUUCAAAUAAUUGAAAAGAAUCAAAUAAAUUGCGAGAAACCGGAAAAACCACUAACAUGUUCCGAAAUGACAGAAUAUAUAAUAUCCAAAAACGAUGAAUCAAAUAAAAAAUCUGCUGAUAAUUUAUUAAUAACUGUAAAAGUGAAAGAGGUGGGAAAAUUUGAAAGAAAAAUUUGUAAACCAUGUUCACCGGGAAAAACUGAAAAAGAAUUGAAAACAAUGCCAAAAAGUAUAAAAUCGAAAGAUAAAAUUAUUAUUGAAGAAAAUGUUAAUUGUAAAAUGGAAAAAAUUACAACAGCUUGUAAUGAAUGUUUGCCGUCAGGAAAAAGGACAAGUUUUAAUAAAAAAACUGGCUGUCAGUGUUCGCAAGCCUGGAGAGAAAAAUUAAAUUAUACAGUUUUAGAAAAAAAUAGAACUUGUUCCGAAAGUCGAAAUGAAAUAACAACUCAAAAUCACGAUGGAAAAGCGAAGAAAUCAGAAAAAGAAAUAAAACAAAAAUUAAAAAUUGAAAAUGCACAUUGUUCGAAUAAUUUAUCUAGCCCUGCGACAAGUACAGAAAUGCUCUGCUCUUGCGGUUGUGGAUAUUUUACUGAAGGCGUAUCUGAAAUACGUCCUGUUUCUUGUAACAAUAUAUCAAAAAAUUCAAAAAUGUCGGCAUUAAAAAAUAAAUCACAAAACUUUGAUUGUGAAGGAAGCUGUGAAUGGUGCAAUAGUUAAUCGAAAAUUAAUAAUAAAAAAAUUGUUCUUUUUCUCGAAA